CAGAAAACGACAGAAAACAACAAAAAACGACAGAAAAACAACAGAAAACAACAAAAAACGACAGAAAACGACAGAACGGCGUCGACCUGCUGCUGGUCAGGAUGAAGCUGGACGUGAAAAUCGAGAUGCUGAAGUUUUGCUUCACAGUUUUAAACUCCGUCUUCCUGGUUCUAGGUCUGAGCGUUAUGGGCUGUGGAAUCUGGAUCCUCUUCGACUCUGGAAGCUUCCUGAAUGUCCUCUCCUCUGAGGAGCUGCAGGUGGUGGCAGCGGGUCUGUUUGUAAUCGGUGGAGUGGUGGCGCUGGUCAGCCUGACUGGGUGUACUGGCGCGGCCCUGGAGAAACGCUUCCUGCUGCUGGUGUACUUCUGCUUCCUCGUCGCCCUGGUCCUGGGUCAGCUGUACGUCACCGUCCUGCUGCUCCUGAACAGAAACAAGAUCGAUGGUAGUCUGGCUCAAACCGUGAAUGAUAUGAUACGUCAGUAUGGAAAUAGCAGCAGCAGGGCCGACAGAAUCAUGGAUAACAUUCAGCAUUUUACUAAUUGCUGCGGAAUAAAUGGACCGGACGACUGGCUCAAGAACUCCUUCAUUCAAACUCUGAACCUGACAAGUCAGAACGUGCUGCCGUGUUCCUGUUUCCAGUCCUUUCAGCCUAGCAUAAACUCGUCCUGGUGCUUGGAAACCAAUAGCACCGAUGAAAGGCUGCUUGGAACAGGAACUGGGAUUUUUAAUGAGAGCUGCAUUGAGAAGAUCAACCAAUGGCUGCAGGAGAACGUCAUAACCAUCGUUGCCAUGGCUGCAUUCCUCGUUUUAAUCCAGAUCAUCGGCCUUUUCAUCGCUGGAUCUCUGUUCCGCAUGUUUGGAGAAAAAGACGCUUUAAAGAAAAACAAGCGGCUCGUUGGUGAAGACGACGCCGACUCAGACUCCGAGCCCGAGCCUGAGCCCGACCCGGACGGCGGAGAGCAGAACCACGCCUUCAUAGACCCGGAUGAAGGCGCUGCAGAACCAAACUACAGGACAGCUGGAGACGCCAACAACAUGGCUGACCAGUACAACCAGAACCAGGAGCCAUUUCAUUACAACCAGAACCUAGAGUACCAGAACCAGAACCAGAACCAAGGGUACACGCCUGCUGGAGAUGCCAACAACAUGACGUAUGACCAGUACAAUUACAACCAGAACCAGGGCUUCCAGGGCCAGAACCAGGGCUUCCAGGAGCCACUUAAUUUCAACCAGAACCAGGGUUACCAUGGUUACCAGGAGGCUAGUCAGCAUUAUUAAACAGACUCAAUGUUGUAAACAUAGCUAAAAUAGCUAAUUCAAAAUGAGCUAUUUUGUAUAAAAUCUUGUUUUUUUCCUGUAAAUGUUUUCUAUUUUUACAAAGUUUCCUGUACUGAACUAGUUUGGCUGCUUGAAGAGUUUAAAGAGAAAAACUGUUUUAGGUUAAUAAUCAGAAACAAAACCACAGAAGAUCCGCUGGACGCCGGAGACCACAGCGCCGUUUCAUCUGUAACCAUCAAUCAAACUAUGGCCUUGUCACGUUUAUUUACUUUGAACUCACGUUUAAUCUCGAGAGAUUUUGCGAGAUUUCCCGUCUGACAUCUGAAGGUUGGUGAUUGGAAUCUGUUCAUGGUUAGUUUGUUGUGUAUCGUGUAUUUUCUCUCAGAUUUUGAAAAUAAUCGUCAAUUUUAAAAUCCCGCUGUGUGAACCAGGCUUUAGCAGUGAGCUGUAGUGUUUUCUUUUAUUGUUGUUAAAAAUUACACUUGCACUGGUGUAAAUUUGAAUGACUAGAUGAAAAUAUCUUUUAUAUUUGACCAUGUUGUAGAAAUAAAGUAUCACAUUGAUAUUUA